GUGCGUAUUGGUUACAAUUUUGUUUCUUUCAUCUAUUCCAAAUCUCUCUCUUUCUCUUUCUCAUAGUGUGUUAUAAUUCUUAUAUAUAUCACGUGAAGUAAAUAAUCUUACAUUGUUUAUAUGACAUUCAUUCUGUAAACGUAUAAAAAAACAAAGAAGAAAGGUCUUUUAAGUGUCUUCAAAAAGAAUUUAUAUUUGAACAAAUCUAUUUGUUAAAAUGGUUGACGACAAUAAUGUAUUAUUUGUUAGAGGAAAUGAAAAUGACAAUGAAUUAAUUUGGGAUGAUGCAGCAUUGAUAAAAGCAUACGACAGAGCUAUAAAUCUAGCUAAAGAAGAAGUUUCUAUGCGAAUUGGUAUUGAUUAUCCAUGUACAACUUCUAAAUCAAAAGUUCAACAACAAAAACAAUCUCGUACUACAUAUAAACAGAAAAAGAAAUGGUGUGUUGGGUCUCCGUGUCGUGCUGUAUAUUCAGAAGACGGUGAAAUUUACGAAGCUAUUAUAACUAAAAUUUAUGACAAGUAUGGAACAUGUAUUGUCAAAUUUGUAGGUUAUGGUAAUAGCGAAAAGGUAGAAUUGAGCAGUCUUUUAGAAUCGGAAGGAUUACAAAGUCAAAUUGCUCAGCAGAAGAAUGCAUUAGCAGAAAAGUUUAAUGAAGAAAGUAUGAAUCAGAGUGAGUCAGGUUCUGAUUGCAAUGCCAAGAGCGUUAAUAGUAACGCUGAAGAAAAGAUGGGAUUUGAUUCUGAACAGAAAGAGCCUAAAAUUUAUAUCGAUUCAGGUCCAUCGGCUAAUCCUUUCUUAAAUAUGAUGCCUCCUGCACCUCCUUUACCACCUCAAUUAAUGGCUAAACUCCCAGAAAAUGAUGCAGAUGCUCUUUCCAGUAUGUUGAUGUCGUGGUAUAUCAGUGGAUUUCAUACAGGAUACUACCAUGGUUUGAAACACGCUAAGGACAAUAAUUUGAAAAGAAAGAAUUGAUUUUAUAAGAGAAAAAACAAGUAAUAUUAUCACUUAUAAAAUAUAAUAAUUUUAUCACUUUUCAUAUUCAAUGUGCAUUGUAUUACUAUCAAUGAUAACAGAAAAAAAUUUAGUUUCU